CAGCUGUUUAACAGCAGUUCAAAACAAAUCGAAAUCCGAGAAAAAUUUGUUGAGCCCUAAAAGAAAAAUAUAUAUCUUGAAAAUGUCCGAAGAAAUCCUUUUUGACUGCCUUCAUGCGGAGAUAGUUAACUAUUGUUUGGACAGCAAUAAGGAGCACGACCUGGCCACGCUGGAGUACAUAGGCUUCACAACGGGCUACCGCCUGAUUGAGCGACUCACCCGCGAGGUGUCGCGAUUUAAGGAUGAGCUGGAGACCAUGAAAUUUAUAUGCACCGACUUUUGGACGCUCAUCUACAAAAAGCAAGUGGACAACUUAAGGACGAACAAUCAUGGCAUGUACGUGGUACAGGACAAGGCAUUCCGUUUCCUAACGCGUAUUUCACAUGGCACCAAGCAGCUAGAACACGCGCCCAAGUUUGUGGCCUUCACUUGUGGCUUGGUUCGUGGGGCCCUUAGCAAUCUGGGCAUCAAUAGUACGGUGACUGCCGAAGUUCAGAGCAUACCAGCUUGCAAGUUCCACAUAGAAGUAAAUAGAAACUAGUUAUGACAUAAGGCAAUGGUUUAUUACUACAAUUACAUAGAUACUACAUACUA